AUGCUGAGGGGACAAGUCCUACAGGGAAAGGAGAGCUACCACGGUAAGAAACAGGAGAAGGGAGGGAUCUCUGCUCCUGUUCUCAGCCUCCCACAGACCACACUGAUGCCACAUCCAACUGUCAUGCCAAGGCCAGAGAUACACUUUAUACUGCUGUUCAGUCGGCAGGGGAAAUUAAGGCUUCAGAACACGAUGCUACCUGAUAAAGAGAAGAAAAAGAUCAUUCGAGAAAUUGUUCAGAUUAUUUUGUCUCGCAAUCAAAAAACGAGUAGUUUUGUUGACUGGAAAGACCUCAAGCUUGUUUACAAAAGGUAUGCUAGUUUGUACUUCUGUUGUGCAAUAGAAGACCAGGAUAAUGAACUCCUGACACUAGAGGUCGUUCACCGAUAUGUAGAGCUUCUGGACAGAUACUUUGGAAAUGUGUGUGAGCUGGAUAUUAUCUUUAAUUUUGAAAAGGCUUAUUUUAUUCUUGAUGAGUUUAUAAUUGGUGGAGAAGUACAAGAAACUUCAAAGAGGUCCGCAGUGAAAGCCAUAGAAGACUCUGACAUGUUGCAGGAGACAGUGGAAGAGUACAUGAACAAGCCUGCAUUUUAAUGUUACAGCUACCUGGAGAGAGAACUGCUCUAUGCACCUGUAAACUGCACUUCCUAAAAUUGUUUCCCAAUGUGCCAGAUCCUUGGAGAAAUACCAAAAGCAAUAACUUAGAGGGGUUUGUUAGUAUAAUUGUGAAGGUCAGCUAAUGUAGCACAGGGUUUAACAAUUCUGUGCUUGCCUUACUCUGCAUAUGAGUUUCUCAGAGUUGUUAUUACCCUUGAUGUAGUUUCUCUUGUCCUUGCUGGACUAAACACUUGUUUUGUACCAUGUCUUUUAGCUACCAGUUUUGUCAUCAUAGUGUGUGUUACUCUGAUGGUACUUUGAAGUAUUUUUACUAGUUUUGGUCCACUGCUGACCAUAUGACUCCACUUUUGUACAAAUGUCCAGUAUUUUGAAUUUAAUGAUUAUUCUGCUCUAAUAAUAAUUUUUUUUCCAAAA